GCGCGCGUUCAGCAGUUUCCGUAUCCACGCUCAGCUGUUUGGGGAAAUCAGCCAAAUUUCUUCUGCUGGGAUGUGGAUUUUUUAACCAUGGGCUAAAUUACUAUUAAGACUUCGCCUGGUUUGAAGACUAGGCCUUUAAUGAGCUCCACCAUGGAGAGUAAUGAUGAAGAGUCAAAAACUUUUCGCUACGUGUUCGACCCGAUGAGAAAAACCUCCAUCAAGGUUCUACGGGAAACCCCAUCAAAACACCGGCCGACCCUGCACAUACUGAACCUACAAGAAGAAAAAGAUAAAUUUCUACGCUUUGGAAAGACCCCCAAAUUCCAGUUUAGCCGGCCAAUUGAUACUUAUCCCAAGAAGAAGAAGACGGAUAUACGGUUUGAGUUUCUUCCUGAGGCAAAAUUGAUUCUUGAACGCGUCCGACAGCACUUUGGAAGCGGGGAUAAUUUCUUGGACGCGGCUUUUGGAAAGAAAUUGGAUCGAUCAGAAGCGACGGAAUUUAUGAUGAACUACAUAAAGUCUCACGGAUUAGAUGGACAACUGAAUAUAAUCUGGGCAAAUGAUGUCCACGGAAGCGGAAGACUUCUAUGGCAAGGUCCCAACGUACGAUUUAACCGGCCCGAGGCGCGUAAAUUCACGCUGAUUCUCAAAGGCAAUAAAGAGAAUACCUUCCUACGAACGCAUGGAAUCCAGUCGCUCGCCGACCACGAGAUCGGUACUCAUUUUAUGCGAUCCGCAAAUGAUGGUCUCCAGCCCUGGUUUUCCAAUAGACAGAAAUUCGGGCUGCGUUCUAGUAGAUCCCUGUGUGGUCUUGUGUGCGAGGAGGGACUGGCGGCGAUUAAUACACUACUCCAAAGCCAAGUCAAGUUGCUUUUCAUGCCUGCUCUCUUAUACUACACGGCGUGCAUGUCAGAGCAGAUGACUUUCAAGGAGCUAUUUGAUCACUUGGGAACGUACAUCUUCGACAUGGAUCAACGAUGGAAACAAGUUACGCGAGUGAAAAGGAUUCUUCCGGACUGCAACCACCACGGGGGCAGCGGCCAGGAUCAGUGCUACUUCGAAGGUGCCAUUCAGAUCCUUCGCCAAGCGGAUGAAAUCGACUUCAAGCUUCUUUACGCCGGUAAAAUCUGCGUUGACGAGUUACCGCGUGUGCGACGCAUCGCCCGGCAAGAAUGCAUCAAACUUCCCUUGUUCCUAAAAGACAUGGCGGCGUACACUCACUCACUCAAUGAGAUGGCUAUCCUUAACGGACUCAUACAACGGGUCAAGAGACCGCUGUCCUGUAGACUGCCGUCAUCGAGACACAGGAGACGCAAUGUGCGGGGAAACUCACGGUGUCGAGGCAACGUCAGGGCUCUCAGCUCGCCCAUGCGUGCUAGAACGUUACCGCUGACUCCACGCCCUCCGUUGUUGAGCCGCAGGAGCAACAAGCCCUUGUUGCUUAGGAAAGAGGCUUUCAUUGACUGAUUAGAUAGUUUGAUUAGAAACUUGUAUAUAAAAUAACUGCACUGCAGGAUAUUUUCGAAGAUUAUUUAAGAGUUGGUGACAGAGUGAAAAUUACUUUUAAUAUAUAAAUGAGUGAACAAUUAUUUAUUAAUGAAAAGUAGUAAUUACUGGGUGUGGAAUGUUAAUUAUUCGCAUUGUGUUGAUUUAAUAAAAUUAUUUUCCAAUCA